UCACAGCUGCUCAACACACACCUCACUUCAUCCUCUCUUUGUUUUGGUCCUUUUGGCUUUAUAGCAUCCUCAUAUCCGUCUUUCGUUGACUAUUGUCGAACCUAUGCUUCGUUUAAAACCCUCGGAGCUGACCCUGACGCCUGACGAUAUCGACGAAACCCUUCGCCGCAUGGCACGUCGACAGCAGUCAAGGCCCCCAGCAGCUCAAGGACAACGACGAACAAAACCCAAUGGCAGGCCACCACCGCCUAAGCUAGUGUCCGGUGCACAACGAUCUGUGAGGGAUGCUAUCACACACCUCGGCAACAUGCCCGCGUUGCAGCCUCAACAUGCCAUGAUUGCGCACGUGGACGAUGAGUCUGAUGAAACUGACGAGACCCUGGCCGACCCAGUACAACGUGUGGAGAGCUCGCCAGACCCUGUCAGCCUCUACACACACCCUGUACAGCUCGCGUCUGCUUCAUCUACAGCUGUGGCCCCUUCACAUCGUCACAGUACUCGACUGCCUUUUCGACUUGGACGUUCUCGCAGAAGGCAAGACAACGAUCAAGAGCUAGCCUCGUCGCCGAAAGAGCAUUCCGAUGAUUCUGAAGGAACCCUAGUCGAGCCACCGGGUCUUCCAACAGAGACGACUGCCGUAGCUGACCCGGCCACUCCCAGUCGAAGGAGGCAGAUCGGAGAGUCUAAUGCAGGCUCCUCGCCAAUACGUCAACGCAGCCCACCAGCUUCUCCACCAAGCCUGCGGGGUGGAGCAAGUCGUCCUCAGAGAAACCGUGUUCGAUCCGUUGGUCAAGAAGCGCUUUAUGCUCCGUCACCGCUUCGUCAGGCCCAGGUGCCCAGCCCAGCUUACUCACCAGAAGUCGCGUCACCCAACUCGGACGAGGGACGCCCGCGCAUGCACUUGAAAGGCUACUUCGCAGACCGACAGGACCCAGUGCCUAGGCGAGUUGAUAGUGGCGACUUCACAGAAGCCACGGAGACGAUGAGUGCAACCAGCUAUACAUUCCAGGAGACUGUGCCACGUGCUCCACACACUGAGCCAUUUCGAAGGACUAGCCAACCACGAUUUCAUUCGCGAAGCCAAUCUUCCAACGAUGCUCCGCCUUCACGUCUUUUCGUGCCAACACCACAUUCGCCGUACAUUUCUCAAGGCGAGGAUAUCUUUUGGACCGCUUCCACAUCCACGCCGGAGUGUUCUAUCAACGACAAAUUGGGCAGUCGGGCAAGACAGCACAGCAGUGAGAUGUCGAACACGAGCUUAGCCUACUCGUACUAUGAGCUCCCGGACAACCGACAGUCGAGUGGAGAGCAUUCAGCGCAAGUAUCACUUUCACAAUCACAGCAUGACGGGGUGGCAGCCUCCAGACAGGCGAGUCGCGGCACAUAUCGCUCGUUCAAGCUAUCAGAUGGCCGAUCGCUUCACCCAGCCGGUGACCCGUCGAAAUUUCCGGUCCUGAUUCGUAGACCGCCUGACCAGCAGAGUGCCUCACCUCUACCCGCGGAGCCGUACGGGCGCCCGUCCGCAGGGAACCUUGGUACACGCUUCCAACAAGCUAUUCACCGCUAUGUCAGUUCAGACAGUUCGAGCCGCGAAGUCCCAACCGACGCCACGGCAGCGACUAUGGAGGAGCGUGCCUCACCCUUGGAUGUGCUUGAAGCUCAAAUUGAGCGGGCGUCACAUCAUGUUGGCGAGCAACAAGGACGACAAUACAGACGCAGCCAUCCUGAGAGUGGACAAUCGGCUUAUCGCACUGCGGGCCCAGGCAUAAGCUCUUUUGAUCAAUUCCAAUUUACAUACGGCGCAUCCUCCAAUGCGUUUGAUCAGCCUGCAAGCAUGCUUGGUCCAUCUCAGGGCGAGUUUGGCGCUCCGAUGGCUAUGGCCGAUGAUCCUUACACGAGAGGGGUAUCUGCUCACGUAGGACGGUCUUACGGCUCUACUGUGCGUCCUAUCUCAGCCCAGCCUGUUCCUGCUGCCUCCCACGCCGCCCCGCCAUAUGCAAGAAGUACGCAUGGAGGGCGAAGCGUCCAACGCUCUAGCGAGAAUGCUCCUGUUGGCUCUUCCGGUCAAGAAAGACGAACUGCCCGGGCCUCCCAGGUGCAAGACCACGUCUCAGCAUUCGAACAAAUGCAGAACGCGGCGCAACCAAGACAUACACGACAGCGAACAGAAGUACCGCAAGAGGCACCAGUUCAACAUCAGCAUGAGCAGCAAAGCAGUCCCAUCUUUGGGGCCCCAAUCUGGAGUGUUCCUCCGCGCCACAGCUCACACCAACAUGGUGCACUUUCACCUGGUCAGGGCAAUGCUGGACGGCGCUCUGCUCGAAUGGACCCUCGCCUGCAGAACCAAGAGAAUUCAGGCGAAGCGGAGAUCGAGAUGAUGAGGCAAGAGCUGGAGUCGGUCAGGAUGCGGCAUGAUGAGGGCCAGCAGGGCGAUGUGAUGGAUGAGACACCUCCAAGGAUUGGACGAGUGGAGAGGCACAUGUGAAGAUAGUCUCUAGUCUAUGAGGAUAUGGCUAUUGCACAACACGGCUGACGAGUAGUCUACA